GUUGCCCGAGUGGAGACUGCUCUGGACACCUCCCAGGGGACAGUGGACGGCAGCACCUGCUGCAGCACGAGGCGCAGAGGGUGCACUGCAGAGAGGAGUGAGGGCAGAGGCCAAGGCGAGGAGGGGGCCGGCUCCCGCUCUCUCCCCCUGUGUGUGCUGCGCCUUCAGGCUCCGAGCAUCGCCUCCCCUGCGAGCCUAACCCAAGGCGGGGGUCUGGACGCGCGGGACCCUCUCUUUGGCUUCCCUGACGUCUCUCGCCUGCUGCAGAAGCAGAGAUGCGGCCGAGUGUCUGGGCCGUGGUGGCCGCCGGGCUGUGGGUCCUGUGCACGGUGGUCACAGCGGCCCCCCGGCGCUGCCUGCUCUCGCGCUACCGCUCGCUGGAGCCCUGGACCCUGGCGGCGGUCAAGGGGCUAAGGGUCUGCUACCUCGAGCUGUCACGACCAGGCUUCUCCAGGAAGGUCCCCGGGGCCCCGAGGAGGCGUCACAAACCGCGGAGAGCUGACUCGCCUCGGUGUCGCGAAGUCAGCGUGGUCUUCAACCUCCUGCGCCUGCUCACGUGGGAGCUCCGACUGGUUGCGCACUCCGGGCCUUGCCUCUGACCCCGCCCCCUCCGGCACCACCUAAACCUCCACGCCAUUGGCUGCCGAAAGCGGCUCCUGUCGCCCAUUGGAGUGACCACACAAGGCUCUCAGCCAAUGGGUGCUGAGGCACGAGAACUUCUUUGCAGCUUUGGGCCUGACUUGGAUCCACUGUCUCAGAUACAAGAUGAGUGGGUCCUUCUACAGGGAAAAGAGUGCAGUUCUCCAGGAAGCAGCGAUAUUUCCUCGGGGUAUAUUGUACUACCCUCCAAGGGUUGCUAUGACAGAAAGAGACUUGAGCUCUGGAAACCGUUGCUGACCCCCAAGCAACAGGGACCAGUUCCUCCUUGUGUGGUUACCAGGACACCCCCAACACCAGGUCCUAACCCCGGAUUUGUAGCCCCACAGUCAGCUUUGAGAUUCUGUGAAUCUGUGACUCUUGGAUCAGGCAUCUAAGGGACACCAAUCCAUGAGGGAUUUGGUAGUGAAAGGCCCAAGAGUCCUUAACUGGCUGUGGUUCUUUGGAUUCCCUAACGUGUGUUGUUUGUAUUUGUGAAAUUCCUGUGUAUUUGCUUUUCUUGUCUCCUGGUUUAAAUUUAUUGCCAAUUAUUAAAGAGCGUUUUGAUUGCAUUGGUUGUUUU